AGAACACCUACAUGACAGUAAAUCCUGACAAUACUAGCGUGAGGGACAACCGGUCUUGAUCACACUCCUGGGCUUCACUUACCUAAUCAUGGCUCGCUGCUCCCUGUUUGUGCUCCUGUUACUGUUGUCCUAUGACGUCGCCUUGCUGAAAAAAACAAAAUCAGUCCAGACUCUUUCAAGAGGUUGGGGCGAUGACAUCACCUGGGUGCAGACAUAUGAGGAGGGGCUGACAAAAAUGCAAAAGAGUAACAAGCCCCUGAUGGUCAUUCAUCACUUAGACGAUUGCCCAUAUAGUCAAGCACUCAAAAAGGCUUUUGUGGAGCACAAAUCCAUCCAAAAAAUGGCCAAAGAAGAUUUCAUCAUGCUCAAUUUAGUGCAUGAAACAACAGAUGCUAAUAUGGCUCCUGAUGGCUAUUACGUUCCCAGAAUUCUUUUUGUCGAUCCCUCGCUGACCGUGCGCAGCGAUAUCACUGGCAAGUACACCAACCGCAAGUAUGCCUAUAUACCUGAGGAUUUGGAUUUCUUGGAAGAGAACAUGUUAAAAGCCAAGAAUCUGCAUCACACAGAGCUGUAAUGAGAUCAGAGCUGAGAUAACAUGGGAGAAUACCAGAUGGAUGAAAAUAUCCGAGAAUCGAACUGUUUUUAUACUUACAGAUGUUUCAUGUAUUAUGCGGAGAAUGAGGCAAACACUGAGUAUACAAUGAAUUGUAAAUGAAAGUUUCUAUUUGUUUCAUCUCUCAGUUGUGCACUAGUGUUGAUCUGAUUGAUAUGAGUUACUGGAGCAUUGUUAUCCUGACAAAUAAAAUGUAACGGUUA